AGCCGUUGCGUGUUUGGUGACUAACUUCCUGUGGCUCUGGGGUAGACAUGGUAGACUCCCCGCGUGAUGAUUGGGCCUCUGCAGUUGAGUCCAUGAGAAGGGGCGGGUGUGGUGUGGUGAGGAGCCUUGGGGAAGGGUGAGUGGGGGCUGGAGGGAGAGUUAAUGAAUGGUCAGUCCCUGUAUGAUCAGCCAGCUGGCAUGUGCGGGAAGAGCUGAUGUUUUCCCACCAUCAGCACCCAGAAAGCUGUUCUCUAGAGGGAGAAUGUAAGGACAUUUUACAGUCCCAUGUUUUGUUACUAACACUCGUGAACAUUGGUUUCCUCAGAGUCACUGCUACAAAGGGAUUGUUGUUCGUCCCCUGAGAGACUGGCAGUCUCUAGAGAGCCGCUGAUUUAUGACUGCAACCUGAAGUUGGUGUGGCAGUCCUCCAGGCGCGCCUCCCUGCCCGCUCCCACCCUCCUCUUUGCCCACCUGAUUGGCAGGGGGCAGUGGCUCGAAGAGAUGGGUUGCUAAGCAGCCUGGCCUGGACGUGGUGCCCUGCCAGGCUGAAUGAAUAGCUGCAGUGUUCUGAGGAAUGGGGAAUUUGGCCUGUCCCAGCAUCAGGAGGGACUUUUUGGGAAGGGGGCUAAGACUGAGUCUAGGUUCGGUGUGGGGAACUGGGUGGCCUUCCUGGCACCUUCCUUUCGGAGCCAUGGCGUGGUGUGCCAUGUCUGUGGAAGUGGAGCCGGUGGAGCUCUGCACCUGUCCUCGAGGUCUUGUUGCAGAGUCUUCCUGUCUCAUCUCCCCCCUUGCUCAUCAGAGGGAAAGGACACGGGGCCUGACAGCUUUCUGAUAAUACAGAAGCAGAAAAGCGAGACCCCCAGGAACUCGUGGGACAAGAUCCAGAAGCUUUAUGAACGAAAAAUAAAGGAGGGAAUGGAUAUGAACUACAUUAUCCAAAGAAAGAAAGAAUUUCGGAACCCCAGCAUCUACGAGAAGCUGAUCCAGUUCUGUGCCAUUGACGAGCUUGGCACCAACUACCCAAAGGAUAUGUUUGAUCCCCAUGGCUGGUCUGAGGACUCCUACUAUGAGGCAUUAGCCAAGGCCCAGAAGAUUGAGAUGGACAAAUUGGAAAAGGCCAAAAAGGAGCGAACGAAAGCUUGUUGCAGGGACGUGUCUGCAGCGCCUGGGGACCGGAGCUGUCCUUCCCCUGUGCGGGCGGGCGCCGCCUCCUCCUGGAUUGAGUUUGUGACGGGCACCAAGAAAGGCACCACGACCAACGCCACGGCCACCACCACUACCACUGCCAGCACAGCUGUUGCAGAUGCUCAGAAGAGAAAGAGCAAGUGGGACUCGGCUAUCCCAGUGACGACGAUAGCCCAGCCCACCAUCCUCACCACUACAGCCACCCUGCCGGCUGUCGUCACGGUCACCACCAGCGCCAGCGGCUCCAAGACCACCGUCAUCUCUGCUGUGGGCACCAUUGUGAAGAAGGCCAAGCAGUGACCUGAGGGGCCACCCUAGGACUCGAAAGGACUGUGCAGCCCAGUGACCACUGCCCAGUGGGAGGCGCCACUUUGUAUAUUUCAGGAUUGGGACCUGCUCCCCUGAUGCCACCUGAGAGGAGCUUCUAUGUGGCAUUCCAGACAGAAGGACAGGCAGCACAGGAGCCAGGUGCUGUGGACAGGGUCUGUCCACGCACCACCUGGGGUCUGCCGCCCAUUAAAAGUGCCGUUUUCUUACCUCUUGGCAUCUCAGAUGCACUGGCCUCUCCUGCAUUCUGUUUGCAGGCAAAUGCUUCAGCUCACACGUCCCCCCAUCUUGGUUGGGACUACUGCCUCAGGGUUGACGAUAGGGUGAUGGAGGCCUAGGACGCCGUUCAGAGGGGUGGCCCAAGAAGUCACCGUUGUUACCCGUGUACGCCUCUGGACAUGGACAGGCGGGACCCCCCCAAGCUCCACGUUCGCUCCAUGUGCCGCCUGGAUCCCAAAACCCAGCCAGUUCUUGGGUGAUGGUGGAGCUGUGCUCCCUUGGGUGCAUUUGAGCACUCCCCAGUCCAGAUCACUUCUUGGACACACCCAGGCUUUUGAAGUCAAGCCAGUUUCCAGAAGGGCUGGGGUGAGAUCCUGACCUGUGCAGGGAGUAGGGAGGCGUCAGCGCCUGGCCAGGGCUGCCCCAGUCCCUCGGUGCCCCGUGAGCGCGGCCAGCCAGGAGCUGAGCAGCGGGGGCAGAUGAAUCACCUCCUGCCCUGGCCAGGCGGCAGCUCAUUGUUUACGGGCAAGCCCUGCUCCUGGGAGGGCUCCUGCCACCCCACCCUUCCUGUGCGUGUUAUCUCUGCCCCACAGCAGCCCCUGGGCAGCGCCAGUGGCCACUGGGCUCCCCCCGGGGCUGAAACGGGUUUCCCAGACCGGGAGUCCAGAGGAGACUGUUUACCCUUCGUGACCUUUGGCGACUCUCCACUGGAGCGGAAGAGCUGUGUGUCAAAAGAAGGAAGCCGGGCUGUGAAGGGCUGUGUUGCUUUCAGUCGGUGGGCAGAGGUUUAGAAAGGUGGUUCUGAAACUGCACCUGGUACUCUUGUGGGACCUGAGGAGUAUAAGGAACUCUGUGCAUGAGGUUUCAAAAAUAAAAAUUGAGUCCACUCUCCCCAUACACACACUCGGCCACUUCAGCAGGUCAGGUCUCAGCCCUUCCUUGAUGGGGCUUUGAAGCUCUGGGGAGCAGAGCCGCUCCCCACUCAUGCCCCAGAGGGGCUCUGAAAAGGCUUCCUGUGGCCUCCGACAGGGGCCCCUCAUCAGCCAAGGACGCUGUGGGUGUUUUGUGGGAGGCACCGUGGCGCUGCGGAAAGGGCAGUGGACGUGGAGCCGGCACCUCUGGCCAGAUUCUGUUAAAACCAGUUGAGUGGUCUCAAACCCUUACCUCUGUAAGCCUGUUUCUUGUCUGAAAAUCACGGUCAUAAAGCGUCGUAAGUUGGUUGGGAGGAACCAGAGGUGACUUAUGCAAAAGCUUUAUAAACUGUAAAGUUCCUGCCAGUGUUUGUUGUUGGCUAAAUCCAAUUUUGUUUUGUUGUAGACCGAGGAGAGAAGCAAACUGGCCUGUUCCCCGUCUCAUGCUCUGUCAGGGAGGAUGGGGUUUGGCAGGUCUUUCCCCUACCCGCUUUCCUCUGGGCAGCCCCAGCCCUGCCAUUUAUCUGUUCAGUUAAAGCAGUAAUGACUGUCUCUUGCGGGGCCCCAGAGGUGGGGGGCCUGGAGAGUGAACACAGGCUGAGAGUUGGGCAGCCGCAGGCAAAACUGCUGCCCCACUUAGCUUCGUGAGUUGGGUCAAGGUUUCUAAUCCUUCUGGACUUUCAUUUCCUCUUCUCUAAAAUGGUGCUUGCCCACCUUAGUCCCAUCAGGGAUGGCCCAGAGGUGUGUGAACAGUUCCUGUUGUGGGUGGAUGGCCCAGGCACUAGGGGCCAAAGUUGUUUCUGACCAGUGUGUGUCUGCUCACCAGAGAACAGUGUCCAAACUGAGCUCUGUCCACGGCUCCUACUGUCCCCCACUCACACACCCGCUACCUCUCCCUAGGGCUCUGAUCUUGGGUGGGCAUCGGGAUUCAUUUAGCUCCGCACCUUGCACAUGUAAUACCCCAAGAUGUGUCUCAGCUUUUUAUAAUCCCCUCCUGACUGCUGGACAGCGGGGUGCUCCAUUCUCAGUGCUUGCAGCACCCCCUUGCUUUUAGGAUCACACUUCACUGCCUUGUAGCCUCUGCCCACAAAUGGGGAUGAAACAGCUCAUGUCUCCUAGUUCUUGCAAGCAGAAACAAAGCAGGCAUAAAUAACAGUGUGCCCCAGUGCCUGGCAUGAGAUAAGUACGCAGGUGAUUCGGAGGAUGGAGGGAUGAGAGGAGAGGUGAGUUUGCUUAUCUUCCGAAGGGGUGGUCUCUGCUCCUAUGGUCACUGAAAUGAAAGUUUCCAGCUCCCAACCCUGUGCUCACAGCAUCACUCAAGCCACCUAGGGCUGGAUUCUGAACGGCUGCUGUCACUUGGCACUGCCUUGACAAUUACUGAGGUUCGGUGAUAGGUACAGGAGGGUUCAGUGUUUUUAAUUUUGUAUCUAUUUGGAAAUCUCUAUAAUAAAGGAUUUUUUAAGGGC